AAGAAUAUACAUGAUCUGUAGAAUCAACCACACAAGCACUAUUUUCAGACUAGGCAAGAACACAAGAUGUACUUACUUACAGGUCUAAUGUUAUGUACAGUGUCACUUAUUGCUUUGGGUGCUCUGAGAGAUGAAUGUGCAUCAAACAGUGAUUGUCCCGCCACACAUUGCUGUGUUACAGAUUACCACGGGAAAUACUGCUCUGCCUAUCAGAACGCCACCCAACCUUGUCAUCUCCCUGGCCAUUCACAUCAUCUGUAUCAUUGUAAUUGUGCACCGGGUCACAAUUGCCAACCAUUCCAUUUAUCUGCGGCGGGUUCAAUAGCAGGUGCCCUUCACCAAGUAGAAGAAAUCAUGACACACACCGGUUUUGGGACAUGCCAGCCAAUUGUAUAGAUUUGUACAUUUCAAUUAAAUUAAAUAUAUGCAAUGUU